AAACCUAAUCUCAAAGAAAAAAAUAUAAAAAAAAAACGUUGAAUUUAAGCAGAACACAUGGCACAUUCGGGAGAACUUAUACAAAAGCGAGAAAUUUGUAACGCACCCAGACACACAUACAUUUAUUUCUAAGCAGAGCAAAGUACAUAACCUAAAAUCAGAGAUUAUUUGUUCCAAGAUCACGUGGCCAGCAAAUCACGUGAGGAAGAAACACAUGCAGGCAGAUAAUCGGAGAAGGAGAGAGACGAGAGCCAACUCAGCGCAGCCAUUUUGUUUUUCGUUUCACUCUCAUCGUCGUCUCUCUCACACGAGCAGGAGUCGAUCAAGUACAGGCAACAUGAUCACAUCAGUUUGGGGGCUUCUCAUAUAACCGUCGCCGAGUGCGUCGGCAGCUCUCUAAAACAUCGUCGUGAAAAAUUUAAAGCUACCUCGUUGUCGAACAAAAUUUAAUCACCGUUGAGAAAAUUUAGGAAUUAAAUCGUCGCUUGACAUCGGAUUGUGGUCACCAUCGUUGCACGUGGGAAUUCAGUAAAUUCUUGGUGACAAAUAAAAUAAAAUUGUUCGAUGAAGAUUUUAAUCAGUUCGAACCUCAUUUGACCCUCGUCCAAGAAUUUCUAUCGUCCUAUCGAAAUUUUCCCUGUCGUUUGCCAGUUAACUAUUAUUUCACAGCAAUAUGGGCGCGCGUUGGAUUUCGUAUCUCCGGAAGCGUGAAUUGGAGGCGAUUCUGAAGGAGUUUUCCUUGCAAGCAACCGGAACAGUUAAGGAAAUAAGAAGCCGGCUGGCUGCUUUUAAUAAUCGGGACGAUCACGUGCUGGAGAUAGCCGAGCGACUACAGGAAUGCGAGGCGGAAAUUACAGCCGCACUAACGGAUAGGAAGCAGUGUUCACCGACUCCGAACCCACACCCACCGGGUCCAACACAGCCGGUCAGCUACAUGUCGCAAUGCCAGAGUCCUCUUUGUUGGGAUUGUGGUCGCAGAGGAGUACGCACUCUCGAGUGUUUCCGUCGAACCCAGCCGGGAAACGAGAGGAGUUUUCGCCCCCUCGGGGAGCGGACGGAGAUUGUCUACAGGAAUCCCCGGAAUUAGGAGAAAUCUUACAGGUUCAGUCGAGCAGAAUUAUUGCGCAGGUGCAAAUCGAGGGUCAGGAGUUUAACGCUACUAUAGAUACCGGAGCUAGCAGAACGCCACACAACGUACGGUAGGUACACACUUAUGUCAGCCUGGCGGAAGGCUCACGCAAGGAGAUAACCUGGUAGCCAAAGUCCGGUCGGACCAACGUUGGAUCACCUUUCCACUGCUAGUUUUCCCUUCGAUCAUGGAAGACGUGCUAUUGGGCAUGGACUUCCUCUGUGGCGUGUCUGCCACCCUCCAAUGCGGCCGCGCUUCGCUGCAGCUGAACCCUCUCCUAAUAAGCAGCCCCACCAACGACUCUCUCUUGACAAACGAGUUCACUCCAGCUAGCAACGAUCCAGAUAACGAGAUGCAAGCCACCCCGACCAGCGGUACUUUAGGGCCUCGAGACGGCAACGCCGUUCGAAAUAAUCCGUUUCGACGGAAUCAAGCUACUGUUUGAGCGGAACCAGUAGAGGAAGGGCGAGCGCCUUCCCCAGCCAGACCAGGGUAGACACCUGACGCUGGAGGAGCACUAGCCGUAAUCACAGCAAACACCGAGCAAGAAGAAUUA